UCAGCCAUUUUGAGAGAUAUCACUGGAAGUGUUCUCAGUUUUAUCGUCCAAUUUUUAUAUGACUCGAAAAGUGUGUACGACUUGAAGAGGUGCAGAAAACUAUGAAUGCUACUACGACAGUGCCUGUUGCCUGCUUGCCCUCCGGGCUGCCAACAGUGGUGAUGGGAGAUGGAACAAGAUGUCUGGUAGACAACAACACUAUCUGGAUACCAGCUGGUAAUCCUGUUAACCUCUCCCUAGGUCCUGGUUACCUACAGCCAAGACUCCUGCAGCCUGGAGUUCAGCCAUCUGUGACUGGUAUCCCCCUGCCUCCCGCAGUCCAGCCACCACCUUGCAGUAGACGUAGGGAGAUGAUGCCUGUCAGCCUGCCCAGUUCAGAGAUGGACCUACAGCUGAUGAGACCAGAGGUAAAGUACGGUUUUGGGCUCCCGGUUUUGAUCAUUAAAUAA